AUGGACACAAAAAUCGGGGGCCACUGCCCAAGCCAAAAGCCUUUGCCCACUUCCCACCUGCCCCCCAAGCUGCUCUGUGUGUCCUGCAUCAGGCCCUCUGGGCGUCUAGAACGCCAGCUCCAGCUCCCGCACUGUGCCCACCAGGGAUUUUGUGGCCAGCCUGCAGAAGCAGAUGCCCAGAGAGCAGAGCACCAGCCACGCCUGCCCCUCCUGCUCCUUCCCCAUCACAUCACGCUGGCAUUAUGCCACACCACUGGGCUUGCGUCAGCCCCCACCCUGGUCAGGUGCCCUCAGAAAAGCUACGAUUUGGGAGCCCCAGGUGCUCUUGUGCUGAGAGCAUUGGCCUUGGCAGAAUUAUAUGAAGAUGAAGUGAAAUGCAAAUCUUCCAAAUCUGAUAGACCUAAAGCUACAAUCUUUAAAAGCCCACGAAUACCACCUCAAAGCUUCUGUUCAGGUGAACACGGAUACAGUGGGUUGCAUAUAGUCAGACCUUCAACUGGGAAGAUUGUCAAUGAACUUUUCAAAGAGGCAAGGGAACAUGGGGCUGUCCCUCUGAAUGAAGCCACAAGAGCUUCAGGUGAUGACAAAUCUAAGUCAUUUACAGGUGGAGGAUACCGAUUGGGUAGUUCCUUUUGUAAGCGGUCUGAGUACAUCUAUGGAGAAAAUCAACUGCAAGAUGUUCAGAUUUUGCUUAAACUGUGGAGCAAUGGUUUCAGUUUAGAUGAUGGAGAAUUGAGAUCUUACAGUGACCCAACAAAUGCUCAGUUUCUGGAGUCUGUUAAGAGAGGAGAGAUUCCCCUGGAGCUUCAGCGACUGGUUCAUGGUGGCCAAGUGAAUUUGGAUAUGGAGGAUCAUCAGGAUCAAGAAUACAUAAAACCUAGAUUGAGGUUCAAGGCUUUUAGUGGAGAAGGACAAAAACUUGGAAGCCUUACACCUGAAAUAGUCAGUACACCUUCCUCCCCAGAAGAAGAGGAUAAGUCAAUGUUUAAUGCAGUUGUUGUUAUCGAUGAUUCAAUGCCAACAACAAAAAUUCAAAUCAGGUUAGCAGAUGGGAGUCGUUUGAUACAGAGAUUCAAUAGUACACACAGGAUCCUGGAUGUUCGGGACUUUAUUGUACAGUCCCGUCCUGAAUUUUCAACUCUUGACUUUAUUCUUGUGACUUCAUUUCCAAACAAAGAGCUAACAGAUGAAAGCCUGACACUACAAGAAGCAGAUAUUCUUAACACUGUGAUACUCCAGCAACUCAAAUAAUAUUGCUCCUAUUCAUGCAGUAGCAUGGAGGAAAGAUAAUGUGCCAUUUUAAUAAGGAAAAUACUUAGAGCCUAAAAAAACAAAUUAUUUUUAUUAUUUAUACAGAUAAAUUUUGGUUUUAAUCUUGUUCUAUCUUUCAGCCUUUAGUAUAGAUGAAUUUGGACUAGGAAUAGAUUUUGAGAUGAGUUUUUAGUUGCAGAGAUGGCUUACAUUGAUAGCUUGUAAAUAUUCUGGCAAAACAAUUUGUUACAUGCUCAGUGUUAAUGUAACAAUAUUUAUUUGCAGCAAAAAUUAACAAAACCCCAACCUGAUAAAUACAUUUGGUAAAAUUUGCACUAAAGUUUCGUGGUGCUGCAUUGAUCAACAGCCAUUAAGAAAUCUUCUGAUCAAAUAAUUUGAAAGUUUUUCUGUGCUAUAUACUGAAAAGUAUCUGUAUUCUGAUUGUGAAAUACUUUGAUCAUAUGAUAAUUAUUUCUCCUAUUAAGAUUUUACACAUCCUUUUUACUUACUGAUUUAGCUUUAUUACUAGUGUCAAAAAGUACAGUUUGGCCUGUAUUUUACAGAACUAUGACCAUCAUAAACUAGAAACAAAGACCAUGAAGAUCAGCAAUUCUUGAGCAGAUGUGUUAAAUAGCACUUUAAAAUAGUAAUUACAGUCCCU